GAUAAAUAGAGCUGAAGGUCUGUGAAACGCCACUUUUCUGCAUUUGUGCCACGGAUUCAUUUGGAGGAUGGAGGCUCCGGCUUUUUACAAACACGGACCAAAACGGCCUGCACCAAAGGGCAAGAUGCCGUCUCCACAGAUAAAACGGAAAAAAACAUCAACAGUGCCGCCAAAGAAGACUGUUCGCUUGGUGAAGAAGAAAGCAGCUUCCACCAUUUGCGUUGAGACAGGAGUGGGCCCAGUCAGCACCUGGAAACAGCAGUAUGUCCAUGAACUUUCCAGCUUAAGAAAACGACUGGGUGCCAUUGAGGCACAGCUUGAACACUCUAACGGGCCUGCGCCUGCACCGCCGGUGGAGUGCGAAGGAUGUGCCACGUUAAGGGCUACUUUGGACAGCGUUAUGGAAAGACUGACCGCUUUGGAAACACAUCCGCCCGAGAGUAUCAGGCGUCAGCUUUUUUCAAAUGCAGGCUCUCCUGUGCAGAGAGAAGAGGCCCUUUCGACACCACAGUCUAUAGGGGACCGCCGGCGUACUCUCUCAGUCCCCUCUCCACCUUCAUCAGUAAACACAACACCAGCCAGAGAGGACGAACCUACCAUCCCGUCCUCAACGAACACCGGGUCCAUUACGCCAGCACGAUGGCUUUACCUUUCCAUCGCUUCCCCACCGUCUCAAGAGAGAACCCCAGUGCCACCCAGGGAGGGCCCGGGGAGCAUCCCACCAUUGGUUCCAACACCGCCUACACCGGCCACACAACUCCCCAGCGGGAGGGCUCUGACCGCCGAGCGCGACGAGGAGUUUUAUAAAGACUGCUUUCUGCGCGGUGAAUAUCGCCCUGAAAAUUAUGCCGCUAAUGUUUUCAUGGCUAUAACGCCAUUUGAAACAUAUCAGAGCUGGGCAAAGAGGGUCAACUGGAGCGGAACAAACGGGAAGGAUGAGUUGCCACGGCAGGUCAAGGAGAAGGUUGUCUGUUGUGUACAGCAGAGAUUUCCAGACCUGUCCGGGCAACAAUGGCACAACAUUAGAAGGAGGAUAAAUGAGAGACUCAGGAGUCCCCGAAAGCUGGACCCAGCAAGACAGCGUCUGGGAUUUUUAUAA